GGGAGGCAACGCUGCCUAGGAGCGCGGCGUGCGCACCGCAGGGACGCACUGAUUGACAGUCGGAGGCACUGAGCUCGCCGCGCGGCACACUAGCGGAGCUCGCAAAUUCUUCCCAGCCCUCACCCGCCUCGUCAAAGACAACUCUGUGUAACACCAGCCAGAGCAGCCUGGCGCAAACAAGGGAGGCUCUUUCUCUCCAUCCCCUCGGACUCGGGAGUCUUCUAAAUAAAGCAGGAAAAGGAACGCAGCUGCUAUCCCAUCCCCGCUUUACCUGUUCUGGACCCUAACCUGGCGUUCUGAAGUCCCCUGGAAACGGGAGUGGAUGGACUAAAAGGUCAGGUUGCACUUUGCAAUCUGAGAAACAUUUUCUCGGUUUCUUUUUGUGGAGUAAAAGGACUGCGACUUUCUUUCGGAAUCAUUUUGGGGUUGAUUUUUGUUUAUUCUGAAAUCCGGCAUAAUUGUGGCGCGAUCGUGAGUCAUAUUACAAACCCUGGAGCCCGUGAACACUGCUUUUCAUUAUUUUUAAUUGGAAUAACGGCCAGAUAAUCAGGAGACUCUCGGGAGGAAUUUUUGGUGCGUAAUUUGGUCGAUGCGUGCGGGUGCUGAGCCGCAGAAGUAGUUGUGCCUCCCUUGUUUUUUUCCACGUUUAAUACCCCAUUUUUUCCAUGGAGUAGUCUGAAUCACAGGUAAAGACUUGAAAGGAGCGGGUUUAUUCUGUUUCGCCUGGAACAAACAGGCGGCUCUGAUGCGCAGAUUCUCCGUAGUAUGUGGUAAAUGACCAAUGGGGAAUCAUGAACAGCUCUUCAGAACUCGAAGAUGGGACUCGGCAUAAAAACCAGAAUUUCUGUGAGUGUGUGCCCAGCUCCUCCCAGCUCAAACACCGCUGGUCAGACUCAGAAAGUGCCAGGGAGACACCGGCCAAGAAAAUGAGCUGCAGCUACCUGCUCUGCACCAUACUGCUGUUCGUGGCUGUGCUGCUGGCCGUCACUGUAACUGGCACCAUACUUUUUAUGAAUCACUACCAGGCCCCGCCCAUGUCCGAUGGCCUGCCACACAUCUCCACCAAUCAGGAUGAAGCUAACGCGCUGGUCACGGUCGAGCGAGGCGACGGCUCUCGCAUCAACAUAUUCAUCGACCCCAACUGUCCCGACUACAACAGUAACUUUUUGCGCCUGGAGGGUGUGCAGACGUCACUGCUGCACUCGCUAUCCGACCACGACUCUGACCUGAAGUCAGUGAAAGGCCAGGACCGGGCUCUUCUCGUCAGUCUGGCUGAGGAGGUGGCCAAGCUGUCAGCCCACGCGGGGCAGCUGAAAAUGGACUACGAGUCCCUGCGUAGGGGGCAGGGCAGCCUGGGGCAAGACCUGAACACACUGCAGACAGAGCAGGGCCGCCUCAUACAGCUGCUGUCGGACAGUCAUAUCCAAAUGGUGAAGAUGGUGAACUCGGUGAGUGAUUCUCUGAACGCCAUGCAGAAGGAGAACAUGGGCCUGAAGGCACGUGUCAAGGCUGACCUGAUGAAGGGCCCCGUCAGAGGGGCCCGCUUCAAGGGCUGCGCCAACGGCUCGCGUCCCCGUGACUGCGGUGAUCUGUACGCCAGCGGCCAGCGAGAGGACGGCAUCUACUCCGUGUUCCCUGUGCACCACCCUGCAGGCUUCCAGGUCUACUGCGACAUGACCACAGACGGAGGAGGCUGGACGGUGAUCCAGCGCAGGGAGGAUGGCUCGGUCAACUUCUUCAGAGCAUGGGAGUCCUACCGUGAGGGAUUUGGCAAGAUCACCGGUGAACACUGGCUCGGGCUGAAGCAGAUCCAUGCUCUGUCCAUCCAGGGGAACUAUGAGCUGCGGAUCGACUUGGAGGACUUUGAAAAUAGCACCGCUUACGCCCAGUAUGGAACCUUUGGAGUGGGCCUCUUCUCCGUCGACCCUGAUGAUGACGGCUAUCCUUUGACUGUGGGAGACUAUUCUGGCAAUGCAGGUGACGCUCUGCUGAAGCACAAUGGGAUGAAGUUCACCACCAAAGACCGGGAUAACGACCACUCGGAGAACAACUGCGCCUCCUUCUACCACGGGGCCUGGUGGUACCGCAACUGCCACACCUCCAACCUGAACGGGCAGUACCUGCGGGGCCAGCACACCUCCUACGCCGACGGCAUCGAGUGGUCCACCUGGACCGGCUGGCAGUACUCCCUCAAGUUCUCCGAGAUGAAGAUAAGACCCACCCGUGACCAAGACAAAAAAUAAGACAGACAACAGGAAAAAGUUACAAACAUUACCAACCACAAUUUCUGACAGCUAGGCGGAGUUUCUUGAUAUAGUUUAUUCACUAAAACAUACCUCUGUGAGUUUAGUUCCCUCCCUAUGUUUCGCUUCCUUUUUGCUCCCCCAUCAUUCAGCUACUAGUGUCAUGCAGGCUACCAUUAUUCUUCCUCAUGGUCCCUUUCUUGAAAAAAUAACCAUCAUCAUGCAUAUUUCUGAUCGCUCAGCUCACAAAAGCAACAUACCAGAGCUCUGAAAUCCACAGUCCACUGAGCUAGCUUUACUCAGUCUGACAUGGCGGUCCAAGCAUCGCCGGCAGGAUCACACACCAGUAAUUCGCUCCUGACAUGUGGCUCUGACCUCCCAUCUGCGCUGACAUGGCACUUCAAUUGUGGUUCAGUCUCACUGCCCAUAGCUGUAUAAUCUGUGAACGCUCCAAAUAUAGUAUAAAACAAACAAACCCUUCACAAAAAAGUGAAAAAGGAGAUACAAGAUCCUCCAGCGGUGAGGAGAGACAGCGCAGUGGUAUACUGUGUCACAUUUACAUCCCUGAUCCGUGUGGAUGAGACCCAGCAGGGUUAGGGGGAAGGAGUGCGGCAACUCAGAUGAUUUGAAAGAGACAGAGAUGGAGAGAACGGGGAAACAAUUUGACAAGAGUUAAAUUAGUCGAGAAAGAAAGGGGGCAGUGCGAAUCAAAGGCGAGUGAGGAAGUGGAAGGAGAGGAGGUGCAAAAAGAAAAAUGGGAAAAAGAAAGAGACAACGCAGUAUCUCAUUCAUCUGACUUGGGCCAUUAGGGAGCAUAUUGGGCACUUUGUCUGAUCUGCCUGCCAGCUGAGUACUGGCCAACUGAUGCAGCACUCACAGAUGGUAACCCAGCACGCUGUGUGUGUGUGUGUGUGUGUGUG